AUGCAACAGGGCUACGAGAAAUUCGCCGUCGGCCGCUCCCCAGAUGGGCAUCAGCAGGUCGUCGAGAUCCGCCCAUCUAGUUCUUCGAAUACGGUCGCAACCCGCGUGGAUGGGACAUAUAAUUCGGCCGAGGCGGCAUGGCAUAUCGCGCUGCGCCUCGUCCUCGGUCUUCGUGCUGGGUUGCGUCUCGAUACCCUCCCAACGCCAGGAUGGCCCCUUGCCGACGUGCUCCUCACCGCCGCCCUCUUUGCUGCCAAACACUCCCUCCCUAUAUCCCCUCUUUGUGCUGCGUACCUCCAACUCCUGGGAUGGCGUGCGGGACAUUGGGCACAUGUGUGGAAGUAUGGGGUUGUGGUGCGGGAGCGUGGGAUUAUUGCGCACGCGGCGGUCAAGGUCGUUGAAACCCGUAAGGGAGCUCCUAGGAAUGACGAGGAUGGGGAGAAGGAAGAGGAGGGGCCAGAAGUCGGAUCGCCGGCUCGCCUCGAGUGGGGUGUUGACCGGCUUGCGGGGUGGUGGGAUCCCAUUACCGGGUGGCGGGGAACGAGCGAGAUGAGCCCAGAGGACAGGUACUGGCGCUACGUUGAGAACUAG